UUUGCAAUCUUGUAAACGACUAGCGCGCAUGUCGCUCUCUAGCGCUCAGUGCCGCUGUGGUCAGUGCAGGAAUUACACGAGAAGCACUCUGGGAAGAGCACAGCUGUCAUAAGCGUGCAGGAGUACACUUAAGCCUGUAGCUGCCUACGGAUCCUAUCUGUUCGCCAGCAUGGCUCGUGGACACCAGAAAAUCCAGUCUCAGCAGAAAAACGCCAAGAAGCAGGCAGAGAUCAAGAAGUCCAAAGGCCAUGACCAGAAGACCGCGGCGAAAGCGGCGCUGGUGUUCACAUGUGGCGUCUGCAGGUCACAAAUGCCAGAUCCCAAGACCUUCAAGCAACAUUUUGAGAGCAAGCACCCCAAGACCCCCCUUCCCCCAGAGCUGGAAGGCGUUGAGGCAUGAACGGCCCAGAGACCGGAGGCUGAUUGUAUAAAACCUCAUAAUAAGAGUCCUGAUCUCAAAUUUUAUUCAGCAGAACACGAUCAUUGCUCUUACCUGAGUUUUAUACAUGCAUCCUCCCCUUCGUUGCAGACAUAAAUCCCGUGGAUCAAAGACUGAUGACGUUUAGCUUCCCUCUCUCAACACCGUUUCAGAGCACUUGCCUUGGCUACGAUCAGAUCAGUGCAUUACCUCAACCUGCACUCACAUGCUUUCUUUUCUCAUCGUACUUGUGUAAUUUAAUGGAUUGAGAGAAGUUAGCAGAACACUACCAGUGAUUAAGUCAGUUUCAUCCAUUGAUCAUAAAUGUGGUAGUCACAGACAUAUUUGCUUUUUCCUUGUUAGAUGAGUGCAAAUGGAUAUGGGUGCAGUUUCCCACUACUUGACGUUUAGCCUGGGCAAAAAGAUUUUGGGUUUUACCUUAAUUUUCUCAUUUACUAAUUUUGCUUUCCACUGAAACUGUCUUUUAGUCCAAGACAUAUGUGGUUCUGUACACUGAAAACUGGAAUCUAAUGCGUUUCUGUAAAAUCACUGGAUGUGCCCGAGGUAACUGUAUUCUUAAUUUAAUGUUGCUGCAGAACUUCUUAUUUCUCUUUGGAAUUAUCUCAAACAAUAUCGCCUCAAUGUUUGAUAUUCCUGCUCAAGCCACCUGGUUUCCACACCAAUGUAAUAUAUCUCUUUAAUAAAAUUUAACUUUGUUUAAGAA